AUGAAAGAAAUGUGUAAGGAAGAGACACGAAAUAAAAAGGUUAUCGCACUAGGUGAAUUAAAACGCCUGCAGAAACCAGAAACACAGUCAGUAGGGGAUUUCUGUGUCGAGUUAGAAAGGCUUUCGCGUAGAGCUUAUCCGGAGCUGGACGAAAGGACGUUGUCAGUCAUCCGCGCAGACCAUCUAUAUGAUCAGUUGUCUCACUGGGAUGAGUCCUGUCACCUGCAAGAAGCUCUGGAAGGACCUGGUGGCGAUAUGUAUGAAAGGCUGAAAGAUGCCGCUAUGAGGGCUGAAAGGAGACACCUAGCCCUCGAGAGCCGUGCGAAGAGCAAGCCGCCGCACAGCUCGUGGAUUGAGGCCAAAGGGAAACGCUUUCAAAGGAGGAGUACGAAGGAGGCCUAUAGAGGACAUAAAGAGGAAAACUGUAAGACUGAGAUCGUAGCCAGUCAGGACAGUAAAGCGAAUAAAGAACUACAAAAUAUGAAAUGCUUCCGGUGCAAAGGGACUGGUCACAAGGCACGCGACUGCAAGAGCACAGCGGCUAGAGAACCGAAAAGUCCUAUGUCUUUAUCGGCACGAGUUCGUGAAGCGAAGUGUAGUAAUGUUCGCACUAAGUAUGGGCAACUUCAC